UCAUUAUCGAAACUGAAAUUUAAUUUUCUUCUUAAUUUUUCUUAAAUUAAUGCAUUAAAUCCUUGCAAGAGAGCUGAAUUCUUCAAAUUAUAAACUCUUUUCCGUGACUCACAAAGGGCGUAAUGGCAUCAAUUUUUGAUCAAUACGAAAAUACCUUGUCCAAGGAACGUCCUUUGAAUGUACCGGAGCAACUUGGGAUCAAUCAGAAUGUCAUCAGUUAUCGGACAAAGGAACAAUCGCCAAUUUUCAGCAAACAAAAGCUUAAUUUGAGUCUCCGGAAUGAGAUUACAUGUACGUGUAUCAACAACAACUGGCUAAUUGUUUUGAUGUCGGAUCAAUUGAUUUUCCGGUUAAAUUUGGCGGAUCCAAAGCAGCAAGAUGACCUUCUAAUUGAACGUUACAUUCAAAAGUCCGUGGUAAAUGGCAUGUUUAUUGAUCCCCUCGGAGCUCACAUCAUCCUCGCUUUGGGUCCGGCAAAGGGAAUUGUGGGUGUCGGUUCACCGGGAAUCUUGUAUUUGCAAAGUACCUCGAAAAAACCUCGGAUGGUGAGCAGAUUUAAGGACCAUUGUGUCACUGCAGUUGCUUUUAAUUGGGACAACAAGUCCGAAAGUAGUACAGGAUUAAUUCUCCUUGGAACGAGUAAAGGACAAAUUUUCGAAGCUGAUAUUGGUAUUGAUCAGGAUCGUUCGACGCCCGGUGGAACAAAACCCAUCUUUGAAAUUGAUCGAGGAGAUCGAAGUUGUAUUACGGGCUUGGAGUUCUUUAGGGCUCCUGGAACAAAUAAUUAUAUCGUACUUGUGGCAACGCUAGAUCGUUUGUAUAAGUUCCAUGAGACGAUAAAACCAAUGGGAGAGACGAAAAUUUCAAUUGCACAGCAAAUAUUUGCGCAAUAUUUGAAUAUAAGCGAAAAUUUAUUGGAUUUUAAUGAAACAGUCAGUCGUGGAACGUUAAGUCGACUUGCGUCGUCGGUGUAUAAUGAAUUUCCAAAGGCCAUGGGAUGGCUAACGGAAACUGGAGUCUUGUAUUUGAGUGAUAUUGACCGAAUGGCUUCUAGUCAACAGUUUGUCUCGAGCAUCGAACUUAUUUCCAUACCAGAUGAGGAAUUUGAUAGACCGAUGCCUCAAAACUCCUAUAAGGCUGACCAAAAACGUUUGACUCCAAAAAGCAUCGUUCUUACGGACUAUCAUGUGCUGAUACUAUUUAACGACUGUAUUCGUGCUGUGUCGAUUUUGAAUUACCAAACGGUCUAUGAAGAACAAUUUACGGAACAACAAGGCAAAUUGCUUGAUCUGAUAAAAGACUGUGCUUCGGGAUCCGUUUAUUUGUACACGACAAAAGCCAUUUAUCGUUACAAGAUAACUCGUGAGGACCGCAAUGUCUGGAGAUUGUAUCUGGACAAGAAUGAAUUCAGUCUUGCGUUGUCACAUUGUCAGGACAAUCCGGCGUACCGAGACAUCGUUUUGACAAAACAUGCCGAAGACUUUUACGAGAAAAAAGAUUACAUCAAAGCAGCAAAAAUAUUUUCCGAGACGCAAAAGAGCUUUGAAGAGGUCUGUCUCAAAUUCUACGAAUGUGAUCAGAAUGAAGCACUUUUGUGUUACUUGAACAAUCGUUUUGAGAAAUUAAAAUCUAGCGAUAAAACUCAAAUUACAAUGCUGAGUCUUUGGAUGCUUGAGUUAUAUUUGACUCUUAUGAGUAAAUUAGCGCCACAAUCUCCAAAAUUCAAUCAACUCCAUCAGGAACUCGAUAAAUUCAUGAAACUACCUCGUGUCAGCGAAUGUGUACGAAAUAAUCGGCCAGUUGUGCAAGAACUCAUUGCUAGUCACGGUGAUAUUUACGAUCUUACAACGCUGAAACACGUGAACCAAAAUCAAGAUGCACUUCUGACACAAUUCAUCAGUCAGGAAAACUUUUACGAAGCUGUUAUGUUGUUGAAAAAUGUCCUCAAACCGGAACUUGUUUACAAAUACAGUCCAAUUCUGAUGGAAGAAAUGCCAACAGAAACGGUUGCUAUGUUCAAAAAACACGGAAAACGUCUCGAAGCCAUUAAAUUGAUUCCAGCUCUCACGAGCAUCAAUAGUUCGAAGCACAUUGCAGACGUUAUUGAUUAUUUGGAAUUUUGCAUUCAUUCCCUCGGCAACACGGAUCACAGUUUGAACAAUUAUCUGAUUUUGCUAUAUGCAAGUCAUAGAAAAGAUAAACUCGUGGGAUUCCUGGAGUCACAAGGAAAAGAUGUUGCGAUGAUCAACUAUGACAUCUACUUUGCUCUGAGGACCGCCAAGGAAAAUGAUGUCAAAGAUGCAUGUGUUUACUUGUAUUGCAUGCUGAAUUUAUGGCAAAAAGCCAUUGAGUUGGCGCUUACCUUUGACAUCAAAUUGGCCCAAGAAACCGCUAGUCAGGUGAAGGAACCAAAAUUACGAAAACGUUUGUGGCUUUUGAUCGCCAAGAACCAAAUCGAAUCUCGGAAUGACGUAAAUAGCGCAUUAGAGCUCUUGGAGAAUUGCGAUCUUCUACGACUCGAGGAUAUUCUUCCGUUCUUUUCAGACUUUGAUAAAAUAGACGAUUUCAAGCAGACUGUAUGUGAUGCCUUAAAAAAGUACGAACUCGAGUUGCAGGAACAAAAGAAAGACAUGGAAGAGUCUGUAAAGUCUGCCGAAACAAUUCGCAAAAAUUUACAAAAUUUCCGAAAUCGAUCGCUUAUUGUUGCCGGCACCGAUGUUUGUGCAAUUUGUGAGUCGACACUCUUGACAAAACCGUUUUUCCUCUUUCCAUGCAGCCACAAAUUCCAUUCGGAUUGCAUGGAAAAGCAACUUAUGGCCAAUUUACCGACAGAUAAAAUCGCGCAUUUGAAUGUGCUGAAGAACCAACUGACAUCGGGCACAACAGCCGACCGAAGUAGGGAACAAAUUAAGGAGGAAAUUGAAGAAUGUAUCGCUAGUAGUUGCAUUUUCUGCGGAGAAAUGAUGAUUGACUCGCUGGACAAGCAAUUUGACACGAAUUGGGAUGAACAAUUGUAACCAAAUAAAAAUAUAUAAAAAAUUAUUUUACAAUAAACUAUUUGUUAUCUA